UUUUCCUUAUCGUGUUGGAGUUUUAGUUGCUUUCACACGACGAUUGGAAGUGGAGUGUUUUUCCUCUCUGAGUUUUGGUUAAUCGUGUCAUACAUCAAAAGCAAGCUUACUUCAGCUUCGGACCAGCGGCAGUGGUUACUGGAAGUAUAUACACUCUGACGGAUCCCAGACGAUCGACAACCAUGAUCCUACCGAAAGUGAUGGUUCUCCUGAUUUUGGUAUCACACCCUCUGACCUGCGAAGCACAGAUUCCUUGCUACUUUUUACGUGCCGGCUGCGAUGACCUUUGCCUGGAUGGCCUAGUUUGGACGGGCGGUGAUUGUGAAGACGUCGACGAAUGUUCAGCCCGGACAGACAACUGUCACGCCCGAGCCCGAUGCAGUAAUACAUUUGGAAGCUACACGUGUACCUGCAAUGCUGGCUAUAGUGGCGAUGGAAGGACAUCAUGCAAUGAUAUCAACGAAUGUACAUCGUUUUCACAUAGCUGCAAUGCCUUUGCUGGAUGUACCAACACAGAUGGAAGUUACACGUGCGCCUGUAAUGCUGGCUUUAAUGGCGAUGGAAGGACUUGCACAGAUAUCGAUGAAUGUGCCGCAGGUACUGACAACUGUCACGCACAAGCCCAGUGUAUCAAUUUACUUGGAAGCUACACGUGCGCAUGUAAUACUGGCUUCAGUGGCGAUGGAAGGACCUGCAAUGAUAUCAACGAAUGUGCCACAGGUUCACAUAGCUGCCAUUUCCUUGCUGGAUGUACCAACACAGUUGGAAGCUACACGUGUGCCUGCAAUACUGGCUACAGUGGCGAUGGAAGGACUUGCAUAGAUACCAACGAAUGUACCACAGGUUCACAUAGCUGCCAUACCCAUGCUGGAUGUACCAACACAGUUGGAAGCUACACGUGCUCCUGUAAUACUGGCUAUAGUGGCAAUGGAUGGACGUGCAUAGAUAUCAACGAAUGUGCUUCGGGUUCACAUAGCUGUCACACCCAAGCUGGAUGUACCAAUACAGCUGGAAGCUACACGUGCGCCUGUAAUGAUGGCUACAGUGGUGAUGGAAGGACUUGCACAGAUAUCAAUGAAUGUGCUGCAAAUACAGAAAACUGCCACACCCAAGCCCAGUGUACUAAUACAGUUGGAAGCUACACGUGCGCCUGUAAUGCUGGCUAUAGUGGCGAUGGAAGGACCUGCAUAGAUAACAACGAAUGCACUUCGGGUUCACAUAGCUGUCAUACCCAUGCUGGAUGUACAAAUACAGCUGGAAGCUACACGUGCGCCUGUAAUGAUGGCUACAGUGGUAAUGGAAGGACUUGCACAGAUAUCAAUGAAUGUGCUGCAAAUACUGACAACUGUCACGCCCAAGCCCAGUGUACCAAUACAGAUGGAAGCUACACGUGCGCCUGUAAUGCUGGCUUCAGUGGCGAUGGAAGGACCUGCUAUGAUAUCAACGAAUGUACUUCAGGGUCACAUAGCUGCCAUACCAAUGCUGGAUGUACCAAUACAUAUGGAAGCUACACAUGCGCCUGUAAUACUGGCUACAGUGGCGAUGGAAGGGCUUGCACAGAUAUCAACGAAUGCACCGCGGGUUCACAUAGCUGCCAUACCCAUGCUGGAUGUACAAAUACAGUUGGAAGCUACACGUGCGCCUGCAACACUGGCUUCAGUGGCGAUGGAAGGACUUGCACGGAUAUCAACGAAUGCACGUCAGGUUUACAUAGCUGUCAUACCCAUGCUACAUGUGCCAAUACAUAUGGAAGCUACACGUGUACCUGUAAUACUGGCUUUAGUGGCAAUGGAAGGAGCUGCUUUGAUGGUGUCAACGAAUGUUUGUCUGAUUCGCAUAGCUGCCAUUCUCAUGCCCAAUGUAUAAACACAGUUGGAAGCUACACCUGCGCCUGUAAUGCUGGCUAUAGUGGCGAUGGAAGGUCUUGCAUAGAUAUUGAUGAGUGUCAAGAAGGACUCGACAACUGCCUGACAACGCACGCUUUGUGCACUAACACAGAUGGGAGUUACACUUGUUCAUGUGAUACUGGCUUUUCAGGAGAUGGAAGGACUUACUGCAAUGAUAUCAACGAGUGUACUGUGGGUUCACAUAGCUGCCAUAUCCAUGCUGGAUGUACAAAUACCGUUGGAAGCUACACGUGCGCCUGUAAUACUGGCUUCAGUGGUGAUGGAAGAACCUGCUUAGAUAUCAAUGAAUGUACCACUGGUUCACAUAGCUGUCAUACCCAUGCUGGAUGUACCAACACAAUUGGAAGCUACACGUGCUCCUGCAAUGUUGGCUUCAGGGGCGAUGGUACGACUUGCACAGAUAUCAAUGAAUGUGCUGAAGAAACUGACAACUGUCACACCCAAGCCCAGUGUACCAAUACAGAUGGAAGCUACACGUGUGCCUGUAGUAUUGGUUUUAGUGGCGAUGGAAGGACCUGCAUAGAUAUCAACGAAUGUACCGCGGGUUCACAUAGCUGCCAUGCCCAUGCUAGAUGUACCAAUACAUACGGAAGCUACACAUGCGCCUGUAAUUCUGGCUAUAGUGGAGACGGAAGGACUUGCACGGAUAUUAAUGAAUGUGCCGAAGAUACUGACAACUGUGACGCCCAAGCCCAGUGUACCAAUACAGUUGGAAGCUACACGUGCGCCUGUAAUGCUGGCUAUAGUGGCGAUAGAAGGACUUGCAUAGAUAUCAAUGAAUGUGCAGAAGAUACUGACAACUGCCACGCCCAAGCCCAGUGUACCAAUACAGAUGGAAGCUACACGUGUGCCUGUAUUAUUGGUUUUAGUGGCGAUGGAAGGACCUGCAUAGAUAUCAACGAAUGCACCGCGGGUUCACAUAGCUGCCAUACCCAUGCUGGAUGUACCAAUACAUAUGGAAGCUACACAUGCGCCUGUAAUGCUGGCUACAGGGGCGAUGGAAGGAUUUGCACGGAUAUCAACGAAUGCGCCGAGGAUACUGACAACUGUCACGCCCAAGCCCAGUGUACCAAUACAGAUGGAAGCUACACGUGCGCCUGUAAUGCUGGCUAUAGCGGCGAUGGAAGGACCUGCAUAGAUAUCAACGAAUGUACCGUGGGUUCACAUAGCUGCCAUACCCAUGCUGGAUGUACCAAUACUAUGGGAAGCUACACGUGUGCCUGCAACACUGGCUACAGUGGUGAUGGAAGGACCUGCUAUGAUAUCAAUGAAUGUUUCCUCGGAACUGUUGACUGCGAUGUCAACGCUCUGUGCACUAAUACUCAUGGAAGCUAUGACUGUGGCUGUAUUGAAGGAUUCAGAGGCAACGGAAGGACGUGUGAUGAUAUCAAUGAAUGUUCUGAAGGAUCUGAUGAUUGUGAUGAUAGCACCUCAGUCUGUAGAAACACAUUUGGAAGCUUCACAUGUGACUGUAAGACCGGCUAUACCAGAGGACCAGGAAGGACCUGCAUAGAUGUCAACGAAUGCGCUGUAGAUAAUGGCAACUGUCACGCCCAAGCCCAGUGUACCAAUACAGUUGGAAGCUACACGUGUACCUGUAAUGCCGGCUAUAGUGGCGAUGGAAGGACCUGCUAUGAAAUCAAUCCAUGUGAUCCAACAACAGUUGAUUGUCAUGUCCAUGCUUACUGCACGGUCCCCACACUGGGAAGUUACAUGUGCAUCUGUAAUGUCGGCUACACUGGGGAUGGCAGGACCUGUACAGACAUAGAUGAAUGUUCUCUUGGAACAGAUGACUGUGUCGAUAGUAGAUCUGUCUGCUCUAACACCGAAGGAAGUUUCACUUGUACCUGUAAACCAGGCUACACUAGGGGGCCUGGAAGGACUUGCAUAGAUAUCAACGAAUGUGUACAAAGAUCUGAUGAUUGUGAUGACAUCACAUCAGUCUGCCAUAAUACGGAAGGAAGCUUCACGUGUAACUGUAAGACUGGCUUCGUUAGAGCGACUGGGAACACCUGCUUAGAUAUCAAUGAAUGCAGCCUCGGAAUUGAUGUUUGUCACAUCAGGGCCGAGUGUUCUAACACUCGAGGGAGCUACGGAUGCACGUGUGAUGCUGGCUACACUGGCGACGGAAUCAAUUGCGAAGAUAUCAAUGAAUGUGAUGGAGGGAGCCAUGAUUGUGAUGAAGGAACCUCAGUUUGUGCCAACACGGACGGAAGCUAUGAGUGUGGCUGUAAGGAUGGCUACACGAGUGGAACUGCACGGACUUGCAUAGAUAUCAACGAGUGUUUCCUUGGAACUGUUGACUGCCACACAAACUCGGAGUGUAACAAUACACUAGGAAGCUACGAGUGUACAUGCGAUGCUGGCUAUAGUGGCGAUGGAAGGAAUUGCCGGGACAUCGACGAAUGUAUCUCGGGAAGUCAUGGUUGUCACGAUAACGCUGAAUGUGGCAACACACAAGGGAGCUACGACUGUGUCUGUGACUCCGGAUAUCGGGGCGACGGGAGGGCUUGCACAGAUAUCAACGAAUGUUCCGAAGGGAUUGAUGAUUGUGAUGACAGCACCUCAGUCUGCCACAACACAGAUGGCACCUUCACGUGUGACUGUAUGACCGGCUACACUAGAGGAUUGGGAAGAACCUGCAUCGAUAUUGACGAAUGUAUCUCUGGUCCUCAUGGCUGUCAUCCUCAUCACGCUGAAUGUACCAAUACAGCUGGAAGCUACAUGUGCGCCUGUAGUGAUGGCUACAGUGGUGAUGGAAGGACUUGCCUAACAAUCAAUCCCUGUGAACCAGCACCAUCUGAGUGUCACGUGCAUGCUAGCUGCAUCCUCACCUCACCGGAAACAUACACCUGUACAUGUAAUGUAGGCUACAGUGGAGAUGGAAUCACAUGCACAGAUAUCAAUGAGUGUUCCCUAGGGAGUGAUGACUGUGAUGGCAGCACCUCCGUCUGCUCAAAUACAGAAGGAAAUUUCACUUGUACCUGCAAGGCUGGCUACACUAGAGGAAUUGAAGGGACGUGUGUAGCAAUUUUCGAACCUGUACGCCUAUCUACACCCGUGGUCAUAAACGCAGCAAUGGAAUCUCCCGAUAGCUUCCAGAUGUCUUUGACGCCAGCAGAUGGAAGUCUUGGCAAUAUCAGUUGCUAUGCCAUUGUGGUGAAGGAACUUCUGGGCGGUGAAGAGAUCAGCAACAUGGAUUCUGACAGAGACUACCCUCCGGAAACUAUGGUAACACAUGAAGAGGCUCAAAACACUCCCGGGAAGCCUUAUAUUGCCCUGGUUAAAGGAGGGGACGAGUUUGAUGCACCGGAGACCGUAGAGAUAGGUUCGGGAACAGUCUCCAGGUGUAGGGGAGAUAUCUCCCGAAGGAGAAAGAGAAAGACAACCUACGAUCACACUGGCGACAAUGGACCCCUGAAAGCCAAUACUCAAUAUACAGCUUUCCAGAGGGUGUUUGUCGUGAUGGACAACAGGGAAGUGUACUUCUCAAGCCCGUUCAUGUCGCCUCAGAAAACAGCAGUUCCCAUGACGAACGACACGCCUAGCACUAUGAGUAUGAUUAUCAUAUCUGCAUCCGGCGCUUUCUGCCUGGUCCUCAUCAUUUUAGUCAUCAUUUGUGCCCUGGUGAUUAGGGCGAAGCGCCGCAGAGAUAAUACCGAGUCCGACACAAAGGACAUAGAAAUGAACGGAUUUGGUCAAAGAACUCGAGUAUACGCGACAGGUAUACAGAGUCCAGUGUACGAAGACGUAGGGCUGCCUGCCUGGGCUGCCAAAUGGCAGAUUCCGCGGAAUGACCUGAUAAUUGAUGACCGUGUACUCGGAGGAGGAUUCUUUGGUGAAGUGAGGUCCGGAAAAGUUAAAAAGGGCGGGAAAAUCACCCCGUCGGCUAUCAAGAUUGUGAAAGGACGUGCCUCCCUGAUGGACAAUCGAGAUUUUAUUGAGGAGUUUCGAAACAUGACCAACGUCGGCCACCAUCCUAAUAUUGUAGCACUACUUGGUGCCUGUUAUCAUGAAGAUGUCAUGUACAUCGCGAUGGAGUUUCUGCCCAACGGUGAUCUGCGCAGCUACCUGCGCACGGCUCGCGCGCAGUCCGAGUCGGGUGGGGGCGCCCUAUCCUCGGGCCAGCUGAAUGGCUUUGCCCUGGAUGUUGCCAAGGGGAUGAAGCAUCUCGCCAAGGCAAACGUAAUUCAUCGCGACUUGGCAGCCACCAACAUUCUACUCGGGAAUGAGUUGGUGGCCAAGGUGUCUGACUUUGGAUUGUCCCGAGAAGAAAAUGUCUAUGUCGAGAUUUCUUCUGAGUUCCGUGUUCCAACUCGCUGGCUGGCCAUUGAAUCCCUGACCCAUCAAAUCUACACAACCCAAAGUGAUGUGUGGUCCUUUGGAAUUCUCCUGUGGGAAAUCGCAACUCUCGGUGGAACUCCCUAUGCAUCUAUCAAGGGCAUGUCUUUGGCAGAAAGACUGGAGGCAGGAUACCGCAUGGAGAAACCAAGUAACUGCGACGAUGAAAUCUAUGCUAUGAUGCUGCAGUGCUGGAGUGAGGAUCCCAAGCAAAGGCCUACCUUUCCAAGCUUGGUUACUACUCUCGGGAAGAUAGCCCAAAAAGACAAAGGACACCCCAGCAUUGUGGGUGACCCAGUAUAUUACAGCACUUUCAUCAUCCGACCGGAGUUUGACGAUAAUUAAUCCUGUACGAGUCUCCUGUACACUCCAAGGCAACAGAUAUAUUUUGCUCAUAUCCUACACCUUUCCAAGGGCGCUGUAAUCUUGGUCAAGACUGGGUGUGAUCUUUCUCGCCUCAUACAGGACCUUUUUGAAAUCCUGACUUCGUCUUUGUCUAUUGCUUAAAGACAUUUUUAGGCCCCGAAUUUCGGGGACUCCGGCCGAAGUUUGGUUCAUAUUCUGCCCUAGGAACAUUCAGUCGUAUGAUACGAGGCCAAUGAAUUUCAUUUGGUUUGCUUUCCAAAAAUUCAGAGGUCGGAAUUAUAACCAAUGCCGCAGACGAAGCAGACAUUUCGGGGGAAAAAAAAAAAAAACAACAUAACCAGUCCCUGACAAGAGCAGGCAAGUUGUCACGGUGGUAGAUUGCGCUAAUAAUAAUAUGAAUGUUACCAGACUUAUUAGGAACUAUGACAGCCCGAUCCUAGAAAUUCCGAGCAUACAUCACGCGCUGUGUCCAAGGUAUGUUCGGAGUGCCAAUGUUCCGAAGACUGGAUUUGAUUCAUCUGUUGAUGGAUCUCGUCUGAUCUCGUCUUGGGGCCAACCAAGUUGUCCAGUAACCAGUAGUUUAACGUAAAAUUUGAAUCUAAUUGUUUGAAUACUUUUUAUAAUCUUGUGAGUAUCUAGAUGGAUCAUGUUAAACGGGAAUGAUUUAUUUGAUUACUUCAUCAUUAUAGUGCUUCGUUUGUUUGCACAGAACUAUGAGGCAGCCCCAAUAUCUUCUCUUACAAGGAGGUGUUAGCUGGGAACUGUGCGUACAAGAAUACUCUGAGCAUAUUGCUCGAAUAGAAUUAUUAUCAGAGAACUUGUAUCUGUUGAACAGAAUAUCAAGACGUUAAUAUUUCGCUAUACGGAAAAAAUAAUUGCUUACACAAGUUUGAUUUUAGUUGAUGUUUACGCUGAAUUUUACCUUACCUCUCAGUUUACAACAUCAGAAUUUUUGUUAGAGUUUGUAUUUCUUAAAGCAGCAUUAAUAUCUUAACACUCGUUCACGCAGAUUUGUCUACGAUCAUUGUAAGCGUACUAUAAAUAUAGUUUGAAGAUUUGUUUACGCAGAAUAAGCAUUUGUUACAUCUUUAAUGUGGACUUGUAAAUAUACAACUAUAGUUUUUGCUAAAUACAAUUGUUAAACAUGAUUGUUCCUGAAGUACAUGCUAUAAAUGGCUAGGAUAAUUCUCUGAACAUUGGCUAUAGCCUUUUUGAGGACCCACCUGAGUACAUGGUGAUUUAGUUAACAUUAUACAUAUCUGGACUGCGUUCACGCGAUAUUAUUAUCCAAGGAUCAAUUUGUUUACCCUGAAGUAUUGUUUGAGUAUUUGUUUACGUAGAUUUACUAUUUGAAUAUAUUAGUCAUACACAAGUUUAUCUAAGUACUAAUUCAUAUAUAUGAUUGGAGUUCAUGGAUUAUAUAUAUAUUUUGUUUUGAGAAGUAUAACUGUUUGCAUAAUUAUUACCCUUGAGUAGUCAUCAGAUUUGUUUGUGUGUGUGUGAUAUCUUUGCAAAUAACUGAGUUAAUUCCCCAUUCUAAUUGUUUAGAAUCGUUUCUUGAACUUGUUGUUUCCCUUUACCUUUUUAAUAAUCUUGUUUACGUGUUUACCCAGAAUGCGGCAUGAGUAAUUGAUGACACAGAUUUUAAAUUACUUCUUUUAUCGAGGAUAUUAAUAUGGAUACUUUGACUUAGAUCGUAACUGAGGAUAAAUAGAAGAAAAUAGUCGGCCAUCCUCACCACGGUGAAAACAAGAAGUUCUGUCAGAGAGCUCACCGCCACCUGACCCAUCAGACUUUGUAAUUUACUUCGUAAUUUAUCUAUUAAAGUUAUACUGUACAUGUACCUGAAGCACUACUUUAAGUAUUUAGUAUGAUGUUAAUUUUGCAAUUUCUUUUUUUUCUCAUUCUUUUAUUUUCUGUGUUAUGUUAUUUACUACUUUCUGUGUUAUGUUAUUUACUAGUUAUGUUAUUUACUGAUGUUAAUUUUGCACUUUCUUUUUUUCUCAUUCUUUUAUUUUCUGUGUUAUGUUAUUUACUACUCCUGUUCAUGUGAGUAAGAUGUGGCUCUAUGUGUCCGAAGUGGACCAAAAAAAAAAA